GCGGCCCGGUCGAGUGUCCGCCGCCCGCAACCGGAGCCGCACCCGCCGCGGACUGAGCCCAUGCGCCGGGCGAGCCACGCGCCCCGGCCCCGGCCCCCGCCGCCGCCCCCGCCCCGGCCCCGGCCCCGGCCCCGGGGGCAGUCGCGCCAGUGAGCGGUGGGACAGGCCACCACUGCAGUGCCUUGUGCUGUGGUCCCUUGAGGCGCAAUGACGGAGUAUAAGCUUGUGGUGGUGGGCGCCGGAGGCGUGGGGAAGAGCGCCCUGACCAUCCAGCUCAUCCAGAACCACUUCGUGGACGAGUACGACCCCACCAUAGAGGACUCCUACCGGAAGCAAGUGGUCAUCGAUGGGGAGACGUGCCUGCUGGACAUUCUGGACACGGCGGGCCAGGAGGAGUACAGCGCCAUGCGGGACCAGUACAUGCGCACCGGGGAGGGCUUCCUCUGUGUGUUUGCCAUCAACAACGCCAAGUCCUUCGAGGACAUCCACCAGUACAGGGAGCAGAUCAAGAGAGUGAAGGACUCGGACGAUGUGCCCAUGGUGCUGGUGGGGAACAAGUGUGACCUGGCUGCACGCACUGUAGAGUCUCGGCAGGCCCAGGACCUCGCCCGCAGCUAUGGCAUCCCCUACAUUGAGACGUCGGCCAAGACGCGCCAGGGCAGCCGCUCUGGCUCUGGCUCCAGCUCCGGGACCCUCUGGGACCCUCCGGGACCCCUGUGACCCAGCAGCCCCUCGUGCUGGCGUGGAGGAUGCCUUCUACACGCUGGUGCGCGAGAUCCGGCAGCACAAAGCGCGCAAGCUGAGCCCGCCUGACGAGGGGGGCCUGGGCUGCCUGAGCUGCAGGUGCCUGCUCUCCUGACGGCGGCACAGGCGGGAGCGUGGCGGUGCCAGACCCAACGUGGAGGAGGCGCCCGCAGGGCAGGAGGCAGGGAAGGAAGGAAGUGGCUCUGGAGCCCGGCCAGCUCAGGUCGGUGGACGAGUGACCGCGGGCCUCCCGGGAUGCUUUGCACAGACUGUCGUGAACUGACGCCAGCGGCCCCCCGCUGUCGCUCUCCUCCAGCCCCGUCCUGGCCCACUGGGCACAGGCUGAGUCGCAGUAAAUUAUUUCACGGUCUUGA